GGGGUUAAUGCGGGGUGGCGGUGCCGGGGAAGGAAGCUCAGGCUCCAGCACAUUCCACAGGAGCUGCCGGGAUCUGAUCGGAAACCUCCCGGGGGAACACGCAGUAACUUCCACCCCCCCCAAGCCUGCGGCUCAAUCUGCCGCUUCACCACUGCACGGCAAACCCCUCGGAGUGCGCUGUGUCCUCUCUCUCUCAGGGAAAUGGGAAUCAUUCCAGGUGACUCCAGGCGGGCUGGAUUGAUUUCUUGAUUGACUCGACCAAUACUUAGGCCACACUGAAGGCAAAAGAACUUGAGUGAAGAUGGCAACUGUAUCUGAAGCUGCUGAGAACAGUCCCAGCCAACUGGAGGCUUCACCGACAAAGGGAUCAAAGAAGGAUAAAAAGAGGGGGUCAGAGAAGACUGAAGAAUAUCUAUUAGCAAGGUUUAAAGCUGAUGGAGUUCGCUAUAAAGCCAAGAUAAUUGGUGUUGAUGAUGUACCAGAUGCCAGAGGGGACCAGAUGUGCCAGGAUUCAAUGAUGAAACUGAAGGGUAUAGCAAUAGCUGCCCGUGCACAAGGCCAACACAAGCAGAGGAUUUGGGUCACUAUCUCUCUAUCAGGAAUCAAGCUAAUUGAUGAGAAGACUGGGGUGAUUGAGUAUGAGCAUACAGUCAACAGGAUCUCUUUCAUUGCCAGAGAUGUCACAGAUAACCGUGCAUUUGGAUAUGUCUGUGGUGCAGAAGGACAGCAUCAGUUCUUUGCUAUCAAGACUGCCCAACAGGCUGAGGCACUUGUUGUGGAUCUGAAGGAUCUCUUUCAAUUGGUCUACAAUCUGAAGAAAAAGGAGGAAACUGAGAAUCAGUCAAAGGAUGAAGGUCAACCCACUGAGAAUGGUAGCCCACUACUGACCUUUGAUGACCAGGUUUCUCAACCUAAAAGUGAUAUUGACCAGAUGCAGCUGUUUGGAGACAUGUCAACACCACCUGAUGUCUCUUCCCCAGUGGAAUCAAAUGGCUUUUUGUUGGACUUGGCUUCCCCUGAAAUGGAUCCUUUGAACAUCUGCAUGAAAGACAAUCUCCAGGAUGUGACUCCUGCUUCCUCACUUCAAUUCUUCCCCACACCCGACCCCAAUCCUUUUGGGAAUGAUCCUUUUUCUGAACUUAACCAAUCAGCACCACCUCAAUCAGUUGAUUCUGUAAAGCCUUCUGAUCAGGAAGAUGGAGUUCCUCCUUUCCUAUCCAGUCAGAGUGGAGAUCACCUGGGCCGUGACUUUGACCAGCUCUCUAGCCAGGUUGUCACCAGUCUGAAAGCUGAUAUUCCACCUGGGGGACUGAAUGGAGCUGUGGGGCACGACCAAGUUGAAUUGGGUAGCAAGCCAACCAUUGACCUCUUGGCUGACAUCCCGGGGGCUGCACCUCCAGCACAGAAUGGGUUAAAACCAGACCCCCUAGCUUCUGCAAACAACAAGCAAGUGGACUCUCUCCUGAUGCAGAGCUUUGUGACUUUGUCCCCUCCACCAAGCACAAAAGGAGCCCGUGGCAGGUGGAACAAUCAGCUGGCAAGUGAGAAUUUUGGAUCCAGCCCACUUGUUUCAAGUGCUCCAUCUCCAACCCAGAUCCCUCUAGAUCUGUUCAGUGCACCAAGCACCUCAUCACGGGUCAGCCCAGGCUUAUCUGGACCUUCUCAUGUGACACCAUGGGGACAGCAACCUCCAGUACUUUCUCAACCAGGCUCCAUACCUUCAAGACCCAUUCUUGGCCCACAAGCUCCCUUUGGACAGCCCAAUGUCUUUGGCCAACCUGGUGCAGUCUGGGGCCAGCCAGCUCCAUUUGGAGCUGCACCUUCACCUGCCACUUGGGGGCAACAUACUCCAGCCCCACCCAGUGUUUGGGGUCAGCCUGUUCCUCAGGCCAACCCUUUUGGCUCUAACCCUUUUGCAGCUUCCCACCUUCCUAUGGUGCCUCCCAUUGUGGGCCUGACCCCUUCUGCUGGGGCCUUGGUGACCCCACCACCCCCACCUCCAAGACCCAGCCCACAGGAAGCCACCAAGCCCCAGAGCAAUGCCUUCACUGCCUUGGACCCCCUGGGAGACAAGGAGAAGAAAAGUGUCAAAGAGCUGUUUAAAGACUUCCAGAUGGCCAAGCCCCCAGCUAUUCCUGCUCGUAAAAGUGAGCCUUCAGCUGUUACUGGGGCAUCUGGAGCAUUUGCUGAAUAUUUCAGCAGCAAAGUAGGUGUUGCCCAAGAAACGGCUGACCACGAUGACUUUGACAUCCAUCAACUCUCUCCUGCCUCAACAUCAAAUGAAGCCCCAACAGCACCUCCCAGCCAGAGUUCAACACAGAAUCUCUUCGAUACAAGUAGUGACCUGCUUGCUGCUCCAGCACUGGCUGUUCCUGCUCAAUCUCUCCCAUUUGGAGAUCUGUUUGGAAAUCCAUUUGUAUAACAUUCUCUACAUGGUCUGCACCCCAAAUUUGAUCUUCCAGCUUUGACUACCAGCAGCCUUUUUGAACAGAACGGUUAAUGAAUGAGAAGUUUCCAAGUUGUUGCUUAGUGCCCCCUUACCUGAAGGUUUUCUGGCUUGUACAUCCCUUGUGACAAGGGAGCAGACUUGUAUGUGAAAGGCAGCUCUACUGAUCUGUCUUCCCUUUUUCCUCAAGCCUGUAAAUCCUUUUGACUCAUAUCCUCCAAUCCACUAUGAUUUUUGAGUAGGGUUUAACUUUCUCAGCUAUCUUGCUGUUUUAACAGGGUGAUGUUGCAUUCCUCCAUCUCCAGGACCUGCUUGGUUUCUUUUGCAGGUGCCUGCUGAUGGUCACUCUUUAUACAUCAGUGCCUUGAUUUGGUGUCUGCCUUUCUAGUUAAGGAUGACUGUAACAUGGGAUGAAGUCUCAACUCUAAAUGCCAGACACCAGUUGGUUUGUGUCCUGACUUUGUGACUGAAUGCUAGUCCAAUCUGACAUGCAUUGGAUGUAUUUUCAAAUGUCAUCCUAGAACUUCAGUACUUGGGGAAAACUUUGUUUUUUGAGCUCUUUUGAAACCAAGAAAUGCUAAUUUUGCACAUGUCUUUUUAAAGUUGUCUCUUUUUCAAAUAGAUUUGGUGUAAUGAGCUCAGUUUCUAACUGAGGUCUUUUGCACCAGUCUAAUAUUUGACUUGUCAAUCAUCACCCUCAACUGAGAUUAGAACUCCAGCUCCCAAAAAUCCACUACACCCAGCUGGAGUAAUAUGGUGCCACUAAACCUUUUUCAAGACACUUGUCCCCACUGGCCACUAAUGUAGCAUAUUGCACUAAAUAUUUAAACAUUUUUAUGGGUUACAACAAGGACACUUGCAUGGUUUAGUCAGCUCCUGCAGUGUUUCCUAGUGUUCUUGUGACUGUUUGCUCUGAAGCAUACACCUCACUGAGCUGGUGAGUGCACUUAGUGUUUGCCUUGUUCCUGAAUACAGAAUGUUCUCAUUUUAAGGCAUACUGUCCUUCAAGACCAGCACCUCCCUGAUUGGACAACUCCUUGUCCAAUAGGUCACAGCAAGGAGUACUAAAAGACCCACGGUGGCUGUUUAAACCUGAUCUCUCUAACCCCCAGUCUGUCCAUUCAAAUAUCUAAUGCAGUAGCUCAACUGGAAACUAAGUUGUAACUAUUUGAAUGUAAUGUCUGUACCAUGGUCUUUUAAUAAACAAGUUGA